GUCUCUCUCCGGUGAAGAUGCUGUGCUCCAGGGGGUAGUCCUUUGUGCCUUUGAGGUGGUGUUGUCCCUGAGUGUGCUGUGCAGGGAGCAGACCCGCCCCCUGUUCCCAGUCAGUAACUCUCAGCCUGUCGGAGCGGUCCAGCUUCCCCAGCUCUCUCUGUCCGGACUCAGUGGGUUCCGUGCUGCCGAACGGAUCAUGUGGACUGGAGUCUCUGGGACACAGAGCUGUACCGAUGAUGACACAAUGUGUGCUUCCAUUUCAUCAGCAGGAGCUGUGCUCGUAAAGUGACCUCAUUGGCGGUGUGUUUCGUGACUUGACCUCAAUCCUACGAUGGGUUCAUCUCCCAUAAGUGUCCUCACCUUCGUCCUAUUGCUGACUUUAACAGGAGGUGUGAAAGAGAAGGGACGGAAAAGUAAACGAACAUCGGUGCCUCAGAUAGACUGUGACAUCAGAGCAGGGAAGAUAAAGGUGUCUGAGUUUGUAGCCCGGUGCCCACCAGGAUGUCUGGGCUCGAAGCAGGCUGUGUGGGGCACUGACAUCUACGCCUCCAUUUCCAGUGUGUGUGGAGCAGCUAUUCACAGUGGUGUCAUCGACAACAGCGGAGGGAAGAUUCACGUGCGGAAGGUGCCCAGCAGCUCCAGUUUCAAAGGGACUUUCUCCUAUGGUGUUCGAUCCCUGUCACUCCCCAGGUGGAGAGAGUCUUUCGUAGUGUCAGGCCCCAAACAACAGAAAGGAGUGACAUAUCCAUCAAUUCUUGAAUUUCUUCCUUCGAGAACCUCAAGAAUUAGGACAGGGAAGCUGAAGACGACCAAGACACCACCCACUACUGCAACCACAACUCUCAAACCAACCAGCAGCAAGAGUCCCACACAGCAACCUCAGCAGGUUGCACAUGACGUCACUACCAGCAAAAUCCAUGAGCCAAGGACCUUCAUGCUAAGCAGCCCCUCCCAGCAGCCUGCUCGCUCUCAGCCGAUGAGGGAUGAAGCAUUCCGAGGAUUUCCCGCAUCCGACUUCGCCAGCAGGAAUUACCCUCCACCCCGUGCAGGAGUCCACCGCCAGGAGCCAGCCAUCACAUUGCGCAGGACGGGCAGUUUGGGUGCUAGUUUCGCUAACGGUGAGCUCAUGACUGACCCUGCAUACGCCUGGACAGACACGAAGACCGACAACAAACCAGGUUACAGCUCCAAGCCUGGAUUAUUGGACUACGGGAAAUGGGUUCUCAGCCAUGAGGAAGGCAGUCACAGAGCCCAGGAUCCCGGUUUGUGGAAGUUGGACUCUUUCGCCCCUGGUCAAAGACAUGGGCAGAGAGGGAGCCAACUGUGGGGAUCUAGCCCAGAAUCAUUCGAGACACAAAGUCAGAAUACAGAUGAAACAGAGAUUAAUUUUUGGAACCCUGACUUUGACAGAGAGGGCUUCAGCAGAAAGGACCAAGACAUCAUUGAGGACCCAAUUUCGCAAGGAGAUCCAAAUUGCAAGGUUGACCUUGCGUUCCUGAUGGAUGGAAGUUGGAGCAUUGGAAGGCGGAGGUUUCGCAUUCAGAAGAGUUUCCUCAUGAAGAUUGCUCAAGCCCUUGACAUUGGAAUAGCAGGUCCAUUGAUUGGCAUCGUUCAGUUUGGGAAUAAUGCUAGCACGGAGUUCAACCUCCAGACUUACCGAAACUCGGAUGAUCUUAAAAAUGCCAUUGAGAAGAUUCCACAGCGAGGUGGUGUCUCCAACGUGGGGAGAGCGCUCAGUCACGCCCUUGGGAACUUCUUUUCCAAGCAGCAGGGGAAUCGUGGAGGAGCGCCCAAUGUGGUGGUGGUCCUGGUUGAUGGCUGGCCCACGGACAAGGUGGAAGAAGCUGCCCGCCUCUCCCGUGAGUCUGGCAUCAACAUCUUCUUCAUCACAGUGGAAGGUGCAGACCAGAGCGAGAGGCAGGACCUGGUUGAGAGAGACUUCGUGGACAAGGCUGUGUGCAGGACAAAUGGCUACUUCUCCAUCAAUGUGCCCAGCUGGUUUAAGCUGUACCAGGUGGUGGGUCCAUUGGUAAAACGGGUAUGUGAUACCGAACUGCUGGCCUGCAGCAAGACCUGCCUCAACUCGGCUGACAUUGGCUUUGUAGUGGACGGUUCGAGCAGUGUGGGCACCGGCAACUUCCGCACUGUCCUGCAGUUUGUGGCCAAUAUAAGCUGGGAGUUUGAGAUCUCUGACACAGCGACACGGGUGGGAGUGGUGCAGUACACUUACGAGCAGAGACUCGAGUUUGGCUUCGACAAGCACAGCACCAAGGAGGCCCUAACCACCGCCAUCACGGACAUCAGGUACUGGAGCGGUGGCACCAGUACAGGAGAAGCUGUCAGCUAUGCGUUAAAGCAUCUAUUCAGCAAUUCCAAACCCAACAAAAGGAAGCUCAUGAUUGUCAUCACUGAUGGACGGUCUUAUGAUGAUGUGCGGGAGCCAGCACGUGUGGCUCACAGCAACGGUGUGAUUGCAUAUGCUGUAGGUAUUGCCUGGGCAGCAAUGGAUGAGCUGGAGUACAUUGCAUCAGACCCCAAAAAGGACCAUUCCUUCUUUGUUGAUGAGUUUGACAACUUAUUUCAAUUUGUGCCCCGGAUCGUGCACAAUAUCUGUCAAGAAUUCAACUCUCAGCCUCGUAACUGAGAAAACUCCAUCUCCCCCGAACAGAUGGAGAGACUGUUCAACACAAACUGUUUAAAAAGCAAGCUUCAAUCUACUCAGUGAAAGGGACAGACUUGGUUCCUUAUUUUCAUGCAGACACCAAAUUUGAGAGGCAGUUAGAUAUGGAGCUCUGAUGGCAUGCAGUUACUGAUCCCUUUGCAUUCACUGUUCUAGCUGCCCAUUUAAUUCCUUGCCACAGCCCCGAAUUUCCCUGGAGGGGUCCCAACCCCUUGUAGAGUAGUUUCCCAAGGUUAUCCUCCCAAAUCCUGGAGAUGGGUGAUGAUGAGUCCAACAGUACCCACAAGCAGCUCUCCAUUCCUACACGCAGCUGUAGCAACUCACACUUGCCUCCAUCAUCUUUCGCCUUCCUUAGACUUAUUAUUAGGAGCAAGAAGACAAGUAUACCUGUACCAGGAGAAUAACAACAAAAUGACUGUAAGGAAAUCUACUGCUUUGAGAAGAGAUAGUCAAAUCUGUCCUUGGUCGAGGGUGAGGUUUGGGGGGAGGAA